ACUGUGGAUCCUCUUUCUUUGCCAUACAGCUCUCCAUUGGUGUGAACACAUUUCCUGAAACAGGUUGUGAAUAUAUAGGUAGCUAUUAAUGAACAUUUUAGUAAUAAGGAAAUAACUGGUUCAUUUUUCAUCUAUCCCUAACCUGGACAACUGAGUUGCAUAUAGGUGAUUUUUCCUGAUUGCAUGGACAAGUGAACCAUUCAUGAUUGUUAUCAAAGGCGAAAUCGCUGCAACACUGUAGCGUACCCAGCAUAUUGAAAUUCAUCAAGUUGAUCACUCCAGCUACAUCACCAGCUACAUCGCCGUUGUAUAUCGACCAAAUAAGGACAUAGCCAUGGCUAGCCUGAGCUUUUUCACCAAUCAGACUGUCACCAAUAUGACUAUAAAGGGGCCCAGCCAUGCUAACAAAAGUGCCAAUGAGCCCAGUUUUACAGACUAUGACUGCCGGUCCUUCUCGUACGCUUUGCUGAUGCUGGCUGGUGGCUACAUUUUGGUCAUCCUCGUAGGACUCUUCGGAAACAUAUGCCUGAUUCAUAUAAUUCGGUUGAAAAAAGAGACGCACAAUGUCACGAACCUGCUGAUCGCUAACCUGUCCCUCUCAGACGUGGUCAUCUGCACCAUGUGCAUCCCUUUCACGGUGGUAUACACCCUGAUGGACUACUGGAUCUUUGGGGAGACCAUGUGCAGGGUCAGCAACUUCGUGCAGUGCCUCUCCGUCUCCGUGUCCAGCUUCUCCCUGGUUUUAAUUGCCAUCGAGCGAUAUCAGCUCAUCGCCAAGCCUCAAGGUUGGAGACCUAAUAUCUCACAGGCCUACUGGGGAAUCACCUUCAUAUGGUUGGGCUCUGCUACCCUGUCGGCGCCGUUCUUGGUGUUCUAUCAUCUUACAGAUGAGCCGUUCAGGAACAUCUCCCACAGUUUCUACAAGGAUAAGUAUGUCUGCAUAGACAGCUGGCCAUCUGAAUGGAGUCGGCUUGGAUUUACCACCUGCCUGCUCGGGGUGCAGUAUUUCGCGCCGCUCUGCUUCAUCUUCAUUUGCUACGCCAAGGUGUUCGUGUGCCUCCGCCGGCACAGCGGCCUUCGGGAGAGCGAGUCGAGGCUGAGCGAGAGCAAACGAAUCAGCGCUAUCCUGGCCUCCAUCGUGGUGGCCUUUGCGAUCUGCUGGAUGCCGCUCAACAUCUUCAACCUCAUCUUCGACUGGCACCACGAGGCUCUGCUUAGCUGCCACCACAACUUACUCUUCACCUUCUGCCACCUGGUGGCCAUGGUUUCCACCUGCAUCAAUCCGGUCUUCUACGGCUUGCUCAACAAAAACUUCCAGAAGGACCUCAACAAUAUAAUGCGCCAGUGGAAGUGUGACUCAGGCCCAGAGGAGUAUGAAAACAUCAGGAUGUCCCUCAAGCACAAAGAAACUUCUCAAGAGACUGCUGAAGGUCAACACUGAUGACAACCCAGCUUGAUGUCCUAAUUCUCUAAGCAAUAAAACACUUCAAAAGGCAUAAUAACAACAUAAAAACUAAUUCAUUUUCUCCAACAAAAGAAAUCUAAUUAAUCUUUAAAGCCAUUAUCUCGAUAACUAACAUUGGGUUCAUUAUUAUACAUCCUCUUCACUUUGACCAUGCAUUAAAUGGAAUAUGUAAUAUAUGUAAUAUAUUUCUAGAAUGUUCUAAAAAAAUAAAGGUAUAUUGGAAGAGGGACAUAAAUGAAAAAUGAAACAUGUAUAAAACGCUUGAAAGAGUAUGAAUAAGCAGCAAUGACUCAAGAAGACUCUAAUUAAAGGUGAACGUGAACGUAAGAGUCUGUGAGAAUUUACAUUAGACAGGCAGUAGACUGAAAAGUUACAGAAACAUAUUAGUUUGCAAUUGGAUCUAUCCAACUGAUGGUGUGUGUGUGUGUAUAUAUAUAUAUAUAUCUUUCCACACUUCCUGAUUAAAUGCUGAAUUAUACUCCAAUAACAGUGCAUUCUGUCAAGCCAAAACAUACAUGCACAUGCAUUUCUUUAACUUCAGUUAGUGUUUACAGAUGUUUCCUCUUGGUAUUAAUAUACUGCUCUUAUUGUCUUGAUGGCCUAACAAGGACAAAGAAUCAUGUUCUGGGUUCAGCUGUUGUUUAUAAAAACAUACAAAAAUUUAUACCUUGUAAAAAAAACUGAAUGUAUGAACACAUGAAACAUGUCUGAAUUUCACGUUAUGAGCAUUUCUCCAGUGUCUCAAUGUUCAUGUCAUUGUUUAUUGAUAAAUAUGGGGAAAAAUUAUGUGUUUUAAAUAGCUGUUAACUCUGCAUUAACUAAUGUAGAUAUGUCAAAUGAAAAAAUGCAUUUUAUAAGCUAUUACGAAUGGUAAGGUAUUCAUGGUCAUAAUUAAAGUAUUUAAGGUGGAUUCAUCUGUAAGUUUCCAGCAUACAGUAACUAAGUAUUGAUUAAAAUAUAUAUAAAAUGCAGCUAAAUCAUUGUACUUCAUCCUUGUUAUUGCAGUUAAUGCCUUUAAAUAUUAUAUGUACAAGCUGGUACAAUCUAUGCCAAAUCAAACUGUUGUUCUAUGCUUGUAAGGGUUUUAUUCGCUUGUUCAUUGUCGUGCUGUUGUAGUAU